AUGGCUGCCGCGAACGCCCCGAUCGCCAUGAAGGAGGCGCUCACGGUGAGUGCUCGCCAUUCCCGCUCGUCGAGUUGUCCUCCGAGAGGGGUCUAAAUUGCGACGGAAACGCUGAUUUCAAACUGUUUUGCCGGUUCGCCUGAGACUGUUGGAAGUUGACGGGGACGGAUCGUGAAUUUAUGCUUUUCGUAUCCUUUAUUUUUGUUUCUUCAAUCGGUGAAUUCCUUCAGGAGUCUCGGAUUUUUCAGAUUCGUGGAAGAGAACAGGGGUGUCGUUUGGUUCGGGCGGAUGCCCUGUGUUUAUUUUACAGUUCUUUCACCACCUUCUCAUCCUGUUACGAAAAAUCAGGUUUUAGAGCGUGAACAGUUUUUGCGGUGGUUUCAUGACAGUCCACUGAUGCGAUCAUCCUGUGGAUGGUUGCAUAUUUUUUGGUCUCGUUUCCCUUUUUAACGUGUAUUUUAUUUUUCCUGCAUUCAUUUCAGCUUACAAGCCUCGGGAUCAAUCCUCAAUUUGUCACGUUCACGCAUGUAACGAUGGAAUCAGACAAGUACAUAUGUGUCAGGGAAACCUCGCCACAAAAUAGUGUUGUUAUCAUCGACAUGCAGAUGCCAAUGCAACCGCUGAGGAGGCCAAUCACUGCCGACUCCGCACUGAUGAACCCUGGCUCUAGGAUUCUAGCCCUCAAAGGUUACCAUCCACGAACUUCUGCGUAGUAGCGUACUCAAUUUUCGAUGCCUAUGUUGGAAUUAUUAUAAUUUAUUUAUUUUCAAUACGAUGUUCUCAUGUAUGACAUAUUACUGUUAGUGACCUUUCUACUGGAAAUGAGGGCACAUUAUAAAAUUGUUGGUAACAUGGUUUCUGCCUUUUUUUAAAAACUUUUGGAGGAACUGUACUAUUCACCUCAUAAAAUCCCCUUGGAGAAGCAAAGAAACAUUCCUCAUUAUGCGAGUGAGCCUUUGUUUGGAUCCAGCACAAUUUUUUUUAAUUUUCAGUGGAUGUGCAUGUGCAUUUUCCUUUUCUACACUUUGUUGCUCUACCCUUUUUAAUCACAUCUUAUUGUUACCGUCCUUGGAUUCGUACAAAUUAGUUGUGUUGGGAAAUAGAAAAGAGGUCUUGAUGUUAGUGGGGUUCAAAAGAAAAGAUCCUUCCUCACAAUCUCUUUGACUUUUCCUGUGUUACUUGCCCUUGUAUGCUUGUUUUUCAUAUUUAAUUGAGGAUUUUGUUGCUUUUUCCCUCUGAUUGAACUGAAUAUUCUCUUUUUAACAUUCAAUUAUUUAUUGCACGAUUUUUGAGAUUUCAUUUACUACUGCCACAUAAGACAUCAGUAAUUUUGAAUAAGGUCGCCACUUCCACUCCCUGCUUAGUGGACGUAGCUUCUGUUGACAUAAUUUGGUCCAAUUUAUUUUAGAGCUAUAGGGGGCACCUGCUAAUCAUUUGGGGCUUUAAGCUGAUGACUUAUGCAACUUUGAUUCUAAAGCCGUGAUUCCUUUAAUGGCUGCUGUACACGAUAAAAAAUGUUGAAUAAUCGUGUAAAAAGUUAAACUACAAGUACAGAAGAUUUCACUCUUGCAAGAAAAAAAAAAUGCUGAGGCUGUAACCGGAAAAUGACUGAUCUAGGAAAUCGAUUUGAUCCUCUAAAGUUGCAAUUGAAGAUAGGGAACUAUCAGCUAACUGGAAUUGGACAUUUUAAAAUGCUCUUUCACACCUGUAUAACAAGUUUAUAGUUCUAGCAAUUUGUUUUCUCUCCCUUGAGGUGUAAGUGAGAGUAUGUGCUGCUUUCUGAUAAGGUAUUUUUCCCGGAUUCACCUCACCUGUGUUGUUGCAUACUGGAGAUUAGGCAAAAAAUCCCCAAUUAAGGAAAAAAAAAACUUGUUCUUCACUUGCCAUCAAAAUAAUAUGCUUCAUCUUUGGUUGCCAGUCUUUUGCACAAUGGGAACGGUCAGCUUUCCUUUGGAAAGAGCUAUUGACCCGGAUCUCCCAAUAUCAUGAAUAAUUUGACGAGGUGUAAAAUUUCAAGGUUGCGAAAAAGCAGAAAAUUUCAAAAAUACGUUGGGAAAUUUUGUAAGAUGAAAGCAUAUUGCAUGUUAAUAUAUCAGAAAAAAAAUCCUUAAUUAUGGUGCACAUCGAAUGCCCUAAUAUCUCCAAUGUACUCGAGUGGAGAACUGCGAGGUUCACUUCUUUUGAAAAUAAUUUGAUAAGAUUAUUGGUAGACUUACAUAGAGCUUCAUUUAAGUAUACAUACACACAUCAAAACUUAACUGUAGAGGGUUUUUUUUAUUUAUAUCAUAGAAUUGCUUCUGUGCCAACAAGUAACGUUUCUUUCGGUAUAUAUACAAUAAUUUGAAGAUAUUUAUUCUCAUGUGAAACGCUCAUUUGUUCUUGUACUCAAUUCACCGACUAAUUUCAGGUCUGCUUUCUUUGAGAUGAUGAUGAUAAAAUAUAUACUUUCUCUGUGGACAUUAUUUUUAUCUGUUAUUUUGGUUGUAUUCUUUUCUGUCAGUAACAUCUUUGUUAGAAGAAUGUUCUUAAUGUUUGGUUCCUGGGGAUUUUCCCUAUAUAGCUCAACUUCCGGGAACAACUCAGGACCACCUCCAAAUAUUCAAUAUCGAGCUGAAGGCUAAGAUGAAGUCGUAUCAAAUGCCUGAGCAGGUGAACACUGGAUGUAACUAUUUCCUGGUUCUGAUUUUCUUUUCAUGCUUUAAAUAUUUUCUCAUGAAAAUGAAAAACAAUUAUUUUACUACAUAAUGUCUUCAGGUUGUUUUUUGGAAGUGGAUCACCCCUAAGAUGUUGGGACUUGUUACACAAACGUCAGUGUAUCAUUGGUCACUAGAUGGUAAUUAGUUAUCCUCAAUGACAUUGCUUUUCAGAUCUUUUAUGUGGAUAAGCUUCAUUUUGCCUUUUACCAACUUCUGUUCCACGGAUUAUUAGAUGGUUCUCCAUCUUGUAGGUGAUUCUGAACCAGUAAAGAUGUUUGAAAGAACUGCAAAUUUGACAAAUAAUCAAAUCAUCAACUAUCGUUGUGAUCCAUCGGAAAAAUGGUUGGUGUUGAUUGGAAUCGCACCUGGUUCUCCAGAGGUAUAAAUCUAAUUGGUGCUUCCUUAUUUUUAUGAACAGCUUUUUUUGGUGUUAUUGUCUGUUUCUUUCUCCUACUUGUUCUCACGAAGCAUUUGGUAAUUGAAUAUUGGGUGGAGAAUUUGACGUAAGUUGAUCCCACUGAUAUCCAACGUCCGUCCUUUGAUUGACUGACUAUUUAACUGCUGUUCUGACAAGGAGCUGCAAACUCAUUCCCGUGGAGGCGACCCUGUGUUUAUUAUCCAAAAAAAUUAUAGAAUUUGAGUACCUCUGCAAUUUGAGACAGCUGAUUGCCAGAUUUCGUUUAGACAUCAGGUUGACUUCUUCUCGUAUCUUAAAAAUUCACCUUUUGCAGAGACCACAAUUAGUUAAGGGGAACAUGCAACUUUUCUCUGUGGAUCAGCAACGUAGCCAAGCACUUGAAGCUCAUGCUGCAUCGUUUGCCUCAUUUAAUGUAAGCCUCUUUCACAACCUUUUUCAUGCGAUAUGAUUCUCUUAAUGUUGUCGGUCGUUGAUUUUGAUGCUGGUAUCUUAUAUUUUGGUUGUAUUUCCUAGGUUCCGGGAAGCGAGAAGCCCUCAAUUCUUAUUUCUUUUGCCUCAAAGACUGUAAAUGCUGGGCAAAUCAUUUCAAAGCUUCAUGUGAUUGAGCUUGGUGCUCAACCAGGUUUGUCUUAUGCUCCAAAAUUCUAUCUAUUUUUAUAUUAUGAAUUUCCAAAACGCUUAUGGGAUCAUACCUACGUUUUGUCUAAGUUGACAUGAAACAUAUAUUUUACAUUGUAAAUGCUAUAUUCACAUCGGUUGUCCCUUCUUCCAACCUCCUCUGUUGACCAGGCAAACCAGGUUUUACAAAGAAACAGGCAGACCUCUUCUUUCCUCCUGAUUUUGCUGAUGACUUCCCAGUGGCGAUGCAGGUUCUCACAAUGCUACAAAACUUAGUUUAUUUUUUUACCCUAUCAAAUUAUUGAGUUGUUGAAUUGAUCUGUGGCAGAUCUCAAAUAAGUACAGUUUGAUAUAUGUGAUCACAAAGCUUGGACUGCUAUUUGUUUAUGAUCUGGAAACAGCUACUGCUGUUUACAGAAAUCGCAUUAGUGCAGAUCCUAUAUUUUUGACAUCGGAAGCUUCAUCAAUAGGAGGGUUUUAUGCUGUGAAUAGGAAAGGUCAGGUGCUGCUCGCAACUGUCAAUGAUGCAACAAUCGUGCCCUUUGUCAGUGGCCAAGUAUGUCUCAAUGUCUAUAGUUUCUUGAUUUGGAGCGCAGUAAUUUGAAUACGGCCCUUACAAUCGUUUGGAACAUUGCAGUUAAACAAUCUGGAGCUGGCUGUUAAUCUUGCCAAAAGAGGAAAUCUUCCAGGAGCAGAAAAUUUGGUAAUUAUGUUUGUCUGAUUUUUUCACUGUUUAUGAAUUGACAUAGCAAUAGAUGGAGAUAGAGAGUAUCUUUCACUUAGCUAUUCAUCAUUGUCUUGAAACAUCUAUUUGUUUGUUGUAGUGGUUGGUAAGUUUUUCCAAUAUUUUUUGUCAUCUAGGUUCUCUCUAUUGCAGAUUCAUGUAUGCAUCAGCUAAUUGCUAGUUGAAUUUGAUUUAGUAGAUGAAUUAUUUUUCUUUAAGUUGAUUGAUUUCUUAUUCAAAAUAUAGACUUUCUGGAAAUGCAACAUACAAAAAAUAUGGAAAAUAGAAACAAGCCCUUAGUUGGAUGAAGAAUUGUUGAGGCAGCAUGGGUCAUUCUUUUUAUAGUUGUGGACAAUAGCGUUAAUGGAUGCAGUGAGAAAACAGUGGUAUCUAUUGUUGAUGCAUGUUUUGACAGAAAUUCCGAGGUAUUGUCAUGUUGGCUACGCAUAGAUAUGGGGCUUUUAAUAAGGUCUGGGUAUCGUGGCUUCUAUAUGUUUUCCCUUGAACAUUGGCAUCUUGUCACACCACCAGUGUUGGCUAAAAUUGCGUUUUUUUAGGUAACAUAAUCCAGUAUGAUUUCUUACCCUAUUUCUCUGUCACAGGUUGUGCAACGCUUCCAGGAGUUGUUCUCACAGACAAAAUAUAAGGAGGCUGCAGAACUUGCUGCCGAGUCUCCUCAGGGCAUUCUUCGCACACCAGAGACUGUUGUGAAAUUUCAGGUCCUGAUUUGCUGUUAUUAUUUAAUGGUGCCUGCGUGUAUUAUCUCUUUAAUAGUUAUCUGGCUUGUCUUUGUGGCAUUCUGCAAUGUAUUUUGGUUCCUGUGUAUUUUAACAAUAGUUGUUUCUUUGUUUUCUUGUUCUUUUUUAAAGAGCAUGCAUGCAAAAGAAAAACUGGUCCCUCUCUAACGAUGCAUCUCAUGACUUGCCGUUUAUGAAGUUUUACAAAUUUAAAUACCCUUGUGCAGAGUGUUCCAGUGCAAGCUGGACAAACUCCACCACUGUUACAGUAUUUUGGCACACUGUUAACCAGAGGGAAACUCAACACAUUUGAGUCUCUGGAGUUGUCCCGGCUUGUUGUUAAUCAGAACAAGAAGAACCUAUUAGAAAAUUGGUUAGCUGAGGACAAGCUCGAGUGCAGUGAAGAACUCGGAGAUCUUGUGAAGGUGAGCUCUGGUGCCAGUUCUUUUUCGUAAGGGAUAUCUCUGUCAUAAUGAACUUUAGAUAUACGUAGUUCAAUAUUUUAAACAUUAUGAAAAAUAUUUUUUUAAUAUUUUCUUUUUUCUUUUGAUUGCAGACUGUGGAUAAUGACCUUGCACUGAAAAUAUAUAUUAAAGCAAGGGCCACUCCAAAAGUAGUUGCAGCUUUUGCGGAAAGGAGGGAAUUUGAUAAGAUUCUUAUCUAUUCAAAGCAGGUAUUUUCAGUGCUUGCAAUAUCGGAAUGCUUCAGUGUAACAAUCACUCCUAUAUUUAUCAGUCCAUUUUGAUUCAGAGCUAAGAUUCUCUCACAGCAAUCCUUGGAGCACUCAUUCAUUUUUCUCUUCUCCUGAAUCCAGGUUGGAUACACACCUGACUAUCUUUUCCUCUUGCAAACAAUCCUGCGAUCAGAUCCUCAGGUAUCAUGUCUCAAAUUCCUUACGAAUGCUUUCAAAUUUUAGGUCUAAGUGUUGAGCAAUUACAUGCAACAAUUUUCUCCGCAUUAAAGUAGAGGACUUAGUUAAUAUUAAGAUGAUUAUACUUGAACUUUGUCUAUCCUUUGUGGCCAGAUAUUAUCCAUGUUGCUUUUGGACGUUUUUUUUCCUUCGUUUUUUGUGCUCUGUGAAUUUCAUGCCAUUUUAUUUCUUAGAUCGUUUGUCAACAACAAAUUCUUAAUGCAGGGUGCAGUUAAUUUUGCUCUCAUGAUGUCACAAAUGGAAGGCGGUUGCCCUGUUGACUACAAUACAAUUACAGACCUUUUCCUGCAGGUCUGCCCAAUCAUUUCCCCAUUUUGUGCCCAUAUUUUGACUGGGUGUCAAAAAAAAUAUUUGAGAAGCUAAUAUCUUUUUCCUUCGUAAAAUUUAUUAAUUACUUUUAUGUUCCUCUGUUAUGUUUUAGAGGAACAUGAUUCGAGAGGCAACAGCCUUCUUGUUGGAUGUUUUAAAACCGAACUCACCAGAGCACGCUUUUCUUCAAACUAAGGUCAUCAUUGCUGCCUUCUACUGUCUCUAUAAUGUUUUUUUACAAAAAAGCAGAAAAUUUAUAUUCUCUAUUCUCUUCUUUCAUGUUUACGCCGCUAACUUUCUUUGGUAUCAUUCAUGAUAGGUCUUAGAGAUCAAUCUUGUGACAUAUCCAAAUGUUGCAGAUGCUAUAUUAGCAAAUGGAAUGUUUAGUCAUUAUGAUCGCCCCCGGAUAGCUCAAUUGUGUGAAAAAGCUGGCCUUUAUAUGCGAGCCCUUCAGGUUUGAUCUUUCUCAUUUGUCUGAAUCUCACAGGUGAAUUUCACGUCCUUUUAAUUAACAGAUAACUUCAUAUUGUCAGCAUUACUCUGAGCUGCCAGAUAUCAAGCGAGUUAUAGUGAACACUCAUGCGAUUGAGCCCCAGGUUUGCUUUCGAUUAUUGUCUUCUUUUGUUUAGAGAAAUUUAUUUUUGGUUCUAAAUUAUAUAACAUUUUAGGCACUUGUUGAGUUUUUUGGAACUCUUUCAAAAGAGUGGGCGCUGGAGUGUAUGAAAGAUCUUCUCUUGGUGAAUUUGAGGGGAAAUCUGCAGAUAAUUGUGCAGGUAUUUUUCUCUUAACUGUCCCAAUAAGGUUUAUUGGGAAUAGUUUGUGAGGUUCCAAUUAACUUCUCCUCUGCAGGCAGCUAAAGAGUACUCAGAGCAGCUUGGUGUUGAUUCGUGCAUAAAGCUUUUUGAGCAAUUUAAGUCAUACGAGGGUCUGUACUUCUUCUUGGGAUCAUAUCUAAGCUCCAGGUGCCUACAUGAAGAAACCCCCUUUUUCCCCAAACACGACUUUUUCAUUUCUUUGUGCGAUGAUUUUCAUUGGUUCUGACUCUUUUUUCAUUGUACAGCGAAGACCCUGGUAUUCACUUCAAAUAUAUUGAGGCUGCAGCCAAAACUGGUCAAAUUAAGGAAGUUGAACGUGUCACCAGAGAAUCUAACUUCUAUGAUCCUGAGAAGACAAAAAAUUUUCUGAUGGAGGCAAAAUUACCAGAUGCACGGCCACUCAUUAACGUUUGUGACCGCUUUGGUUUUGUUCCUGAUCUUACCCACUAUUUGUACGCAAAUAAUAUGCUUCGGUACAUUGAGGGCUAUGUUCAGAAGGUACGAUUUAGUUUGAAGGACUCUAUCUGCUAUUUAAUGUAUCACUUGGAUUUGAUAUCCUUUAAUAUAUGUGAUAGUUGUUUAUUUAACUUUGGAAUUGGGAAGAUGAAGUUACACAUCUCUAUCUCAGGUCAAUCCUGGAAAUGCUCCUCUAGUUGUUGGUCAACUGUUAGAUGAUGAGUGUCCAGAAGAUUUCAUCAAGGGUCUUAUCCUUUCCGUGCGUUCUCUUCUUCCAGUGGAGCCACUCGUGGAUGAAUGCGAGAAGAGGUACUCCAUAGCUUACUUACGAAGAAAUAUCUUCUAUGAUCUUUGUUUUGACUGAUUGCGUGACUAAAUGCUAGGAAUCGCCUUCGGCUGCUUACCCAAUUCUUGGAGCAUCUAGUGAGUGAAGGGAGCCAAGAUGUGCAUGUACACAAUGCGUUGGGUAAAAUAAUCAUAGAUAGCAACAAUAACCCUGAGCACUUCCUCACAACCAACCCAUACUAUGAUUCGCGUGUUGUGGGCAAGUACUGCGAGAAAAGGGACCCUACACUUGCGGUUGUUGCAUACAGGAGGGGACAAUGUGAUGAAGAACUCAUCAAUGUCACUAACAAAAACUCGUUAUUUAAGCUGCAAGCCAGGUUGGUAUAUUAUUCUUAUCUCUUUCCUCCAGAAAAAAGAGAGUGUAGCCGUUUAGCUGAGUCUUAGUUUGUUGCUUACAGAUAUGUGGUGGAAAGGAUGGAUGCCGAUCUGUGGGAGAAGGUUCUCCUCCCUGAUAACGAAUAUCGACGACAGCUUAUCGAUCAAGUUGUGUCUACUGCUUUGCCUGAAAGCAAGAGCCCAGAGCAGGUUUCUGCUGCUGUUAAAGCUUUCAUGACUGCAGAUCUUCCACAUGAGCUUAUCGAGCUGCUUGAAAAGAUUGUCCUCCAAAAUUCUGCCUUCAGUGGGAACUUUAAUUUGCAAAAUCUUCUGAUUCUAACAGCCAUUAAAGCUGAUACUUCAAGGGUCAUGGAUUAUGUAAAUAGAUUAGACAAUUUUGAUGGACCUGCGGUUGGUGAGGUGGCCGUUGAAGCACAGCUUUAUGAAGAGGCCUUUGCAAUAUUUAAGAAGUUCGACUUAAAUGUACAGGCAGUCAAUGUCCUCCUUGAUAACAUCAGAAGCAUUGAACGUGCUGUGGAAUUUGCUUUCCGUGUUGAAGAAGAUGCUGUCUGGAGUCAGGUGGCCAAGGCUCAACUUAGGGAAGGUCUUGUGAGUGAUGCAAUCGAGUCAUUUAUUCGCGCAGAUGAUGCAACGCAUUUCCUGGAUGUUAUUCGAGCUGCUGAGGACGCAAAUGUGUAUCAUGACCUUGUGAAGUACUUGUUGAUGGUUAGGCAGAAGGUCAAGGAGCCGAAGGUAGACAGUGAGCUCAUCUAUGCAUUUGCCAAGAUUGACAGACUGGGUGAUAUUGAAGAAUUCAUUCUUAUGCCUAAUGUUGCUAACCUUCAAAAUGUUGGUGACCGUCUCUAUGAUGAAGCCUUAUAUGAGGCGGCAAAGAUCAUAUUUGCUUUCAUUUCCAACUGGGCCAAGUUGGCUAGUACUCUGCUGAAGCUAAGGCAAUUUCAAGGCGCGGUUGAUGCAGCUCGUAAAGCUAACAGUGCAAAGACGUGGAAGGAAGUCUGUUUUGCUUGUGUGGAUGCUGAGGAGUUCCGUCUGGCUCAAAUAGCUGGUCUCAAUAUCAUAGUACAGGUACUUGUUUUGUUACUCCCUCUACACCUGUUCCUUUGGUUCGCUUCAGGACAUGUAAUUAUCACAUUGCAUGUCAAACUAUACGUUAGUCAGUACGUAUCUAAUCCAGUCAAUCUGUUAUGUUGUGUUGCUAAAUUACCAAUUCAAAAUUGUCCAUUCUUAUCCUCAUUCUGGGCACAUUCUGGCCGAUUCAUCCCUUUCUGAAUUCAAUAGAUUAUUGUCACCUUAUCCUGACCCACUUUCUGAUUUUUAGCUUCUUGUUGGUGCCUAGUGUUGCUUCUGUGUUGCAUGGAUAAUUGUGUAGGUCAUGAUAAUGAUAAUGGUAACCCUUAAUCUUUUGAUGUCCAUCUUGUAGGUGGAUGACAUGGAAGAAGUCAGCGAGUAUUAUCAGAAUAGAGGAUGUUUCAACGAGAUUAUCUCUCUCAUGGAGAGCGGCCUCGGAUUGGAUCGCGCCCACAUGGGCAUUUUCACAGAGUUGGGUGUUUUAUAUGCAAGAUAUCGACAUGAGAAACUCAUGGAGCACAUCAAACUUUUCUCAACUCGCCUGAACAUUCCCAAGCUCAUAAGAGCAUGUGACGAGCAGCAACACUGGAAGGAGCUAACCUAUCUUUAUAUUCAGUAUGAUGAGUUCGACAAUGCUGCCACAACAAUCAUGAAUCACUCUCCCGAAGCAUGGGAUCACAUGCAGUUCAAAGAUGUUGCGGUUAAAGUGGGGAACGUUGAACUGUACUACAAAGCAGUUCACUUCUACUUGCAGGAGCAUCCUGACCUUAUCAAUGAUGUCCUCAAUGUGCUUGCCCUUCGCAUUGAUCAUACACGUGUGGUAGAUAUAAUGAGAAAGGUGUGCUCACGUCUUUGCCAUUUGCUGUUACACUCAUCAGGCCUAGCAUUUUAUGCGACUUCAGCUAGGAAGAUACGAUGUGGGAGGAAAUCUUCUUCUUCAUAUUCUUAAUAUUAUUGCAUUUUAAUAUUCCCGUGUAUUUUCAGGCUGGUCAUUUACGCCUGGUGAAGCCAUACAUGGUCGCAGUUCAGAGUAACAACGUGGCUGCUGUGAACGAGGCUCUGAAUGAAAUUUAUGUGGAGGAGGAGGAUUAUGACAGGUUGAGAGAAUCAAUUGACAUGCACGACAACUUUGAUCAGAUAGGCCUCGCCCAGAAGGUAAAAUUUUGUUUUCUCUACCUAGUUGGUAGGUUCUUUCGGAAUUUUAUGCUGUUCGGCUAAAUUCCUACUUGCAAAAUGUCAUCAGACUGAAAAACACGAGCUUCUUGAGAUGCGGCGCAUUGCUGCAUACAUUUACAAGAAAGCUGGCAGAUGGAAGCAGUCUAUUGCACUGUCCAAGAAGGACAAGCUGUACAGGGAUGCCAUGGAGACGUGCUCCCAGUCUGGUGACCGUGAGCUUUCAGAGGAGUUGCUGGUGUACUUCAUUGAGCAGGUAUCUAUUGAUUACUCUACUAUCAUAUUACUUUUACUCAUGUGAGGUCACACACCAAAAGAAAAAUCCUGGCUACUUCACUGUGCGCUUUCACGGCAUCAUCCAUUAGUGCGUUCUUUGGUUGAAGCUGCGGGAAGCAGAAUUUGGGUUUCUAGGCCUCAUUUCCUUUACGCCUUAGAACAGCAAACCAGGAGAUGGCUGCUAUUUAUUUCCCUUUUCGAUUUCUCUCCCCUCCCAUUCCUGUUUGAGCAACAGCUAAGCAUGGUUUAUCUGCAGGGAAAGAAGGAAUGCUUCGCAUCGUGCCUCUUCAUUUGCUACGAUCUGAUUCGACCAGAUGUGGCUCUCGAACUGGCCUGGGUGAACAAUAUGAUCGAUUUCGCUUUCCCAUAUCUGCUGCAGGUAAAUGCCAUGAAAACGCUCGGUAGCCUUUACUCACGGCUCAGCUUCUGUGACCAGAUAUUCUUUCUCCACCCAUUCCUCACCCGAGUCCUCCCUCCCCCCAUGCUUGCAGUUCAUUCGCGAGUAUGCCGGUAAAGUAGACGAGCUCGUGAAGGACAAACUUGAGGCCCUCAGUGAGGUGAAGGCCAAAGAGCAGGAAGAGAAGGAGAUGGUCGCCCAGCAGGUAGCCAGCUGCUUUAACCCCACACUCUCCUCGUCUAUUACUUCAUCCAUUAGUGAAAUUCUUCUACCCGUGUUCUACCAGAAUAUGUACGCACAGCUUCUGCCUCUCGCCCUGCCGGCUCCCCCGGGCAUGGGCGGCCCUUACGGAGUUCCGCCGCCCAUGCCCGGCAUGGGGGUUCCCCCUAUGCCGGCAUACGGCAUGCCGCCGAUGGGCGGCUACUGA